GGGUCCCUAAGGCGGCCGGGGAUCGGGGUCCCCGCGGAGGGAACAGCGGGCUCCUCCCUGCCUCGGGCCCCGAUCGCCGAAUGUGUGGCCGGUGUCGCCGCUGGGAGGGUGGGGGAAGGGCGGGCGGGGCUGCGCCCUAGUCCCGGGUUCCCCGGGGUCCCACCUGGACUCCAUUUCCCUAGCUGGGCUCCUCGCAGAGACCCCGGCCCAACUCGCACCCUGAGCACGGCGGUGGGAGACGGCACGACCCGCGGGGCGGUGGGGGGCGCUGUCGCCGGAAGUGGCCGCGCCGCCCGGGGGACGACUGGGUCCCCGACCGCGCAGCCCGCGCCGGGCCUCCGCCGCCCGCGCCUCCGGUCUCCCCACCCCUUAUACACCCCGUUCCCAGCCUCCCUCGCUCUUGGUGGGGAUGCUGAUCGGCUCAAGAGCUGUCCCUGGAAGCGUCCCCGUGCACCUGCGUGUCCAUGCAGGGAAAGCUGGGAGGAAACCCAAGCUGUGGAAUUAAACCAGAAUUUAAGACUCAUCCUAAUGUCCACGUUCCCCUGCCCCUCUGCCCGCCCUUUCCUAAGCAUUUUUUAAAAUGCAAAAACCAAAACGCACACAAAUUUCCGGGUUGAUGAGGUUAUUCUUCUGCUGAGUCAGCACAGGUCACACCGUGUGGUGGCAAAUUCCGCGCGGGGUAGGGUAGUCUCGCGUGUGUGCAGCGUUGUGUGUAUGCAGCAAGUGUGUGCACGAUGUGUGUGCACCCUGUGUGUACACUGUGCGUGUGCACCCAAUGAAAGCCCAGUGCUGAAACACAGCGGGGCUUAGGCAGGCGCUUUUCAUUCGUUGUUUCCUAGGUAAGAUAGGUAGGCUUUUGCUUUUGCUUCCCCCACCCCCACACCCGGGGCGGCAAAUGAAAUAGUAAUGAUCUUCUCCAGGUCAUAUGGAAGAAAGCAGUAGCUGCUCUUUUAGGAAAUGUAGACUUAACCGAAGCUUUUAGAGCUGAUUUAUUUUUGCUAGGGCUGGGGGUGGGGGUGGUCUGACCUGCUUCGAUGAAGUUUCUCAGCAGCUGAGCCUGUCCCAUUCAAGUUCAUAAGCAAAGAGGGUUUCUUUGGCUUGGGAGUGAGCCAGAGUGAGGUAAACAGCAAAUGGAUGAGUGCUUGUGAGUGUGGAGCUGAGUGUCUUUAACCCUCAGGAACAUCGUUUUUGCCCAUCAGUAGGUUUUUGCAAUAAUCCAAUGACUGGAAGAUUCUGAAUGUUUGAAGUUGACUAGUGUAAACUUCAAAGAGAAAGAUGUAGUGGAGGACAGAAAUUGGCAGGUGACCCAGCUGGCCCUGGUGUUGGGGGAGGCCUGAGCACAGUGGAUGGGGUCAGGCCGAGGCUGUCUCUAAGCAGGCUUGACAGUCCUUGCAUCCCUGCACAGCUGCAGGCCGAGGUAGGUGGUCCUGGCAAGGCCUGGCAGUAGGGAGGCUGCAAGGCCCUGGCAUUGCCAGCUUGUGCUUGUGGCUUCCUUCUGACGUUUGGGGGCAGCGGAGCCUGCAAGCAUCCCCGAGAUGGAUCCCAGCGCUUCACAGUUGUCAUGGAUGAUGAUGACGACUCGUGUCUCCUCGAUCUUAUUGGAGACCCUCAAGCAUUGAAUUAUUUUCUACAUGGACCUAGUAAUAAAUCUAGCAGCGAUGACCUGACAAGCACAGGGUACCCUGCAGCCAACUCCAACUCAAUUUUCGCCAACUCCACUAAUGCUGAUCCUAAGUCAUCCCUAAAAGGUGUAAGCAACCAGCUCGGAGAAGGGCCCAGUGAUGGGCUGCCCCUCUCAAGUAGCCUUCAGUUUCUUGAGGAUGAACUUGAGUCUUCUCCACUUCCUGAUCUCAGCGAGGACCAACCUUUCGACAUUCUUCAGAAAUCCUUGCAGGAGGCGAACAUCACUGAGCAGACCCUGGCGGAAGAGGCGUACCUGGAUGCCAGCAUAGGCUCCAGCCAGCAGUGUGCACAAGCGCAGCUCCAUCCUUCCUCAUCAGCAUCCUUUACUCAGGCUUCUAAUGUUUCCAGUUACUCAGGUCAGACGCUGCAGCCACUAGGGGUGACACACGUGCCCGUGGGGGCGUCGUUCGCGAGCAGCACGGUGGGUGUGCAGCAUGGCUUUAUGCAACACGUGGGCAUCAGCGUUCCCAGCCAGCACUUGUCUAACAGCAGUCAGAUUAGUGGUUCUGGUCAGAUACAGUUAAUCGGGUCAUUUGGUAACCAGCCUUCCAUGAUGACCAUUAAUAACCUAGAUGGAUCACAGAUCAUAUUAAAGGGCAGCGGGCAGCAAACCCCGUCGAGCGUGAGUGGAGGGCUGCUGGUCCACAGACAGACUCCGAAUGGCAACUCCCUCUUUGGGAAUUCGAGUUCUAGUCCCGUCGCACAGCCUGUUACUGUUCCAUUUAACAGCACAAAUUUUCAAACAUCUUUACCUGUGCAUAACAUCAUCAUACAAAGGGGUCUCGCACCAAAUUCAAAUAAAGUCCCGAUUAAUAUCCAGCCAAAGCCUAUCCAGACAGGUCAGCAGAAUACGUACAAUGUGAACAACUUGGGAAUCCAGCAGCACCAUGUGCAGCAAGGGAUCUCUUUUGCCUCUGCAAGCUCGCCCCAGAGCUCUGUGGUCGGCCCACACAUGUCGGUGAACAUCGUCAACCACCAGAACACACGGAAGCCUGUCACCUCGCAGGCGGUGAGCAGCGCCGGGGGCAGUAUUGUCAUCCAUUCCCCCAUGGGCCAGCCGCACACGCCCCAGAGUCAGUUCCUCAUCCCCACCAGUCUUGCUGUCAGCUCUGGCUCGGUCCACCACGUCCAGACCAUCAAUGGGCAGCUUCUGCAGACCCAGCCCUCCCAGCUCCUUCCCAGCCAGGUGUCCUCGGAGCAUGUCAUGCUAAACAGGAGCUCCUCCAGCAUGCUCAGGGCCAGCCAGCCGUAUUCCGGACCCAUGCUGAACAGCCAGAACACCGCUGCUGUCCAGUUAGUGUCUGGCCAGACCUUUGCCACCUCUGGCAGUCCCGUGAUCGUCAACCAUGCCUCCCCUCAGAUCGUGGGUGGACAGAUGCCUUUGCAGCAGGCAUCUCCAACUGUUCUGCACCUGUCCCCUGGGCAGAGCAGUGUUUCCCAAGGAAGGCCUGGCUUUACCACCAUGCCCUCAGUGACUAGCAUGGCAGGACCCAGUCGGUUCCCAGCGUCCAGCUCAGCCAGCACUGCCCAUCCUGGUCUUGGACCUGCAGUGCAGGCUGGGCCCUCCGGGGCCAACUUCACAGGAGAGCAGCUGGCCCAGCCCAGCAGGACUCCGGCACCAGUCAGUGCAUCUCAUCGUCUUCCAGUUCCUCCCUCCAAAUCUACCAGCACCUUCAGUAAUGCGCCUGGCGCAGGAGUGCAGCAACAAUUCUUCUGCCAGGCUCAGAAAAAGAGUUUGAAUCAAACCUCCCCUGUUUCCACUUCCAAGGCUGCAGAUGGCCUGAGGCCGGCGCAGAUCCCUGGGCUCCCGAGCACCGGGCUGCCAGGCCAGGAUUCGGGCAGCAAAGUGAUGCCGGCAUCCUUAGGAACCUCACAGUCACAGUCGGAGAAGUCGGUGGGCUCGUCUCCUGGGCAGUCAGCCGUGCAGGUGGACAGUCACUCAGGAGGACAGAAGAGGCCAGCUACAAAACAGCUCACAAAAGGCACUUUAAUCCUCCAGCAGCUACAGAGGGACCAAGCCCAUGCCGUGACCCCUGACAAGAGCCAGUUCCGCUCACGCAGUGACGCGGUACAGAGGCUGCUCUCCUACCACGUGUGCCAGGGCUCCAUGCCCACUGAGGACGACCUGAGGAAAGUGGACAAUGAAUUUGAAACAGUUGCCACUCAGCUCCUAAAGAGAACUCAAGCUAUGCUCACCAAAUACAGAUGCCUGCUCCUGGAAGACGCCAUGCGUAUCAAUCCCUCCGCGGAGAUGGUGAUGAUUGACAGAAUGUUCAACCAGGAGGAGAGAGCAUCCCUUUCCCGAGACAAGCGCCUGGCACUUGUAGACCCUGAGGGAUUUCAAGCCGAUUUCUGUUGUUCCUUCCAACUUGAUAAAGCUGCUCAUGAAACACAGCUUGGCAGGAGCGGCCAGCACGGUGGGAAAGCAGCCAGCUCACUCCACCUGGCAGCAAAGGCCCUAGGCAGGGACCGAGCCAAGCUGAGCCUGACAGAACCAACGAAUCAUGACCAGUUUCUUCCAGUGCCUAAUCACAUCGUGGUCUCCGCAGAGGGAAACAUCUCGAAAAAGUUGGAAUGUCUGGGCCAAGCCCUGAAGUUUGACAAAGCAGGCUUGGCGCAGUACCGGAGUGUGUGUGAUGAGAAGGGCAGCCGCAGAGACCCCAGGAAGGGCCCUGAGUGCUCCCCCAGGCCUGAGGGCCACCUCAGAACCUUGUCCCGCACAGACCAUGGUGCCGAGAGCAAACUGUCCAGCAUCCUUGCAGAUUCACACUUGGAGAUGACAUGUAAUAACUCCUUCCCGGACAAAGCGCUGAGGAACUCCCCAAAGAACGAAGUCCUCCACACAGACAUCAUGAAGGGAUCUGGGGAGCCACAAGCAGACCUCCAGCUCACCAAGAGUUUAGAAACAACAUUUAAGAACAUCUUGGAACUCAAAAAGGCUGGGCGGCAGCCCCAGAGUGACCCAGUAGGGAGCGGCUCUGUGGAGCUCGAUUUCCCCAACUUCUCUCCAAUGGCUUCACAGGAAAACUGCCUGGAAAAGUUCAUCCCAGACCACAGCGAAGGCGGUGUAGAGACAGACUCAAUUUUGGAAGCAGCUGUAAAUAGUAUCCUAGAGUGUUAAUAGCGGCAGUGCGCCCUCCCUCCCACUCCAGACAAGUAGCUGCUCCCCAGCAGCAGUGAGUGGAAGCGGCUCCUGUCUCCGCCUGCUUUCAUCUCUCAUCACAGGUUUCCUUUCUGUCUCAGCCCCGUCCUUUGUUUCAGAGCAAUACUCAGCGCCGUUACAGAGAGAUCCUUGAGGAAAACCGCCCCUUGGUAGAGAGCAGUCUGAUAGGCCCCACACAUUCAAGUGUUCUGAAAGUGCUACGGUCCUUUCUGUCUGUUAGUUUGUUUUCUAUGUUUUUAUUUUAAAACACUGUCACUCAGUGAGACCACAGUCCACUUGGCCCUGGGGAAAAUUUUGACAAUCAUAAGUCACUUGAGAAGAACAGACUUAUUAAAGAAAAUCAAACAGGACCUAUAGAAGCUACUUUUUAAGAAUAUCCCACUGCAGCUCCUAAUUACUGUUUUUGUUUUUGUUUUUCUGCCUUGUUUCUUUUCGGGGGAUUUUAGGUGUAGAAGACCACAGGGCCCUGCUCAGCCCUUGCUGAGCCCCAAUCCAGGAGCACAGAGUGGGGUGCUGCUCGUUGCGUGCUUUGCCUUUUGGGGCUCCUGGAGCAGAGCUGCAUGCCUGGGCCCCCGUGCUGAGUCCAGGGGCGCUCUGUUUGCAACGGCAGCAGCACGGCUCGGAAUAAUCCACCAGGCUACAUAAAGGAGGCUGGCGCUGGGUUAAAUGGCACAGCACACAGCGGGGGCGGGAAGAGAGCCGUGAGGAAGACGAUGUGUAUAUAUGUAAAAGCAUACACGUUAGCUAUCGCAAACAAACCAAGAGUUUUGCAUUUUAUAAUUGGGUAGAGUCAACAUACAGUGUAUGUUUUUGUCCAUUGCUGAGUUGUGUUUCCUGACCCUUUGUACCCGCUCCACAGCAAAGAGCCAAACACCAGAAGCACUUUCAUUAGGAAACUAUGUUGUAAUUUUUCAGUUUAAACUUGAAGGGGACUUUGGCCUUGUUGAUGCUCGUCGUCUGAGAACAGCAGUCACCCUGGCAGCAAUCAUUACCAAAACACAGACAAACCAAAGGUAACCAGCCGCCCAUCACCGCGCAGAGCCGGGGCCCGGUUCCCCUGAGAGCCAAAGGACACACCCUGUCAGCCUCUGUGUGUGGCCACGUUCGUGUCUGUGAGCCUGACUUCCCGCUUUAUUUAUACUUCUUUUCAGGGAAUGUUCCCUCCUUUCCUUUCUUGUACACCUGCCCCAGGUCACCCCAUUCCUGUGAUGGUUUCGGUUCUCCGUGUCAUCGGCCCCAUCACUGGAAAGCUACAUGGUGGUCACCCUUCUCCUGGGGCACAGGGGUCUGCGCUGGCGUGUGUACCCUCACUCUGCUGUCUCCCUCGCUAGAGGAGCACCCACUGGUCUGCACUCUGAUGUGUCCCCAAAUGUGGGCACCUCUUGUCACUGUGUUGGGCAGGUGUCUGAUUACCUGGACACAGCCACGGAAGAGCCACACCCUGCACCCUCCACUCGCUGCCACCCAGAGGCCCCGCCACAGCCCAGCUGGUGGGAGCAGCGUAGCACUGUCCCCCGCCCCACUGCAGAAAGGAAACCUGGGCCCUCUGGGGGCUCUACUUUUUCCUUACUUGUGCCAACAUCCAAGCUGCAGGACCCCUCCUGUAUUAUACCCUAUUAGAUAAGCUGGUAUUGGUAGUUGCAUCUUCAUGUUUGGGCAGCCCAGGUUUAACAGCUACCGGUAACCCCAUGGUUUUACAAGCUCUUCUUUUAAUUCAAAUGGCCCCUCCUGAUCAAAUUCUUCUGACUGUGGAACUUUAUACCCAGAAGCCUUCAUGUGGACUGCUAAUGAAUUGCAUUAAUUACUGCAAAUCAAUGGAUUUUUUUUUUCAGUACUGGGGAGCACACCCAGAGGCUGCCUACCACUGAGCUCUUUCCCCAACCCUUUUUAACUUUUUUUGUUGUUUUUAUAAGAUAAGGUCUCAUUAAAUUGCCCA